CUCCGUGUUAGCAAACAGCAUGACCUGCCAGUGUGUCUCAAUGACAGCCAGUAGGGUUUAAAAUAUUUAUUAUUAGCCAUUCUUCGCGACCAUUUAUUUAUUUGACAGUAAAUUAAACAAGGUGAAGCACUUCUGUGAAGAUGCCAGCUGGUGUGUCUUGGCCUCGCUACCUUAGGAUGUUUGCUGCCAGUGUACUGGCCAUGUUUGCAGGAGCACAGGUGGUCCACCAGUACUACCUGCCAGAUUUGAGUAUUCCCGAAAUUCCACCAAAACCUGGAGAGCUUGUAACAGAACUGAGAGGUUACAAAGCUAGAGAAGAAGCUGCUGCGAUGUUAGAAAAGAUGAAAGCAGAACAGAAAGUGGAAUGAUGUGGAAUAAUUCAUCCUCACAGUGACGGACACUUAAGCAGACUAUGCCCAGUAUUUGCAAUACUAUAUCCUGCUACGUGGGAGUAAGGACAUAUCUGGGACAUCUGCAAAUAGUGAUUACAAGUGCUGGGUGACUGGUUCUCAUCAGCAAAGUGAAGUGGAAUAAAAUGUUUAAUGGUUGGCGUCUUGAUGCUUUGGAUUCUUUGGUGCAAGACCUGGAGAUUCUUCAUCCUGUAUGAAGUCUUUGCCUCUUAAAGACUUAGAGAGAACUGUAAUCGCACAUGGUAACUGCUUAAGUCAUUAAGUCAUGCAUUUUGUUAAAAAGUGCACCAUUUAAUUGUUUUUCCUCUUUCAGAAAGAUAUUGUUUGAAAUAAAAUAAACUAAAUGAGUUA